CUCGAAGAACGGCGACGGCGAUGAUGACCUCAACGUUUCCGGUGUCUUAAGUUGGAAAAACCUCGUGCCUUUCUUACUUUUCGGUUGUCCCUGGAUUGGGUAGGUGACCAAGCAUACAGAUCUGAUCUAUUGUUUUGGUAUCUUGUUUGACCUCGAUCUUUGGGUAUCCGUCAAAUUCACUCUAACUCGGUAUUUGGUUUUACAUUUAUUCUUUCAGGGGCCGUCUUCAGGAUCUUGAGCCGGGUGGCCAUAUGAGGAGAUGCCACAUGCUUGAAUACCUCUGAAAGGACAGGCCUACAAGUCAAUUGAUUCUACCUAAGUCAAUAAGGAUCAUACAAGCAGUUGCUAAAACGAGGCAUUUUUUAAGCAUUUAUUACGCAUUAUAUUUAUAUCCCCUACCAAAAUGAAACGGGCUAUAACCUCGACGUCCAUAACUAUUACAGACCCCCUUGUCAAAUACCACAGCCUACUAGCAACGGAGCUUUAUUCCCCUGAUCCAGCUCAACACAGGCUAGCAAUCCAUCUACAAAAGAUAUACUUUCGGCUCAAAGAUUACUCGCCAUCUAUCGAGUACCGCGCCAGACUCAAGGCAAUCUCUGACACCUUGGAGAGUACCAAAUCGAGGAAAUGUGAUGACUCGGCGGCUCUGGCAAUCAAAAGUCAUCCCAUAUGGAGAAAUCCUCUGUUCACCCGCUUCUUCGCCACGACCGAGGCCAAAGAUACCCUGGCCAUGACGAGGGUUCUGACAGGCCAUGAAGCCGCUAUACAGAUAAACUCUCCGCAGGGGCUGUUCCUCUCGGGGGAGGUAGGCACCGGCAAAUCAAUGUUGUUAGACCUGCUUGCCAAUGGGCUGCCAACAAGUCGCAAGAGAAGAUGGCAUUUCAGCACCUUCAUGUUGCACACACUGUCUCAGCUAGAGCACUAUCGGAAGACGCACACGCAACUCGGGAGCGAUGACCAGCAGUACUCGCUCCUGUGGAUGGCCAAGGAAAUGGUCGAGAAGUCACCCAUUUUAUUUCUGGACGAAUUCCAGCUGCCUGAUCGGGCCGCGAGCAAGAUUCUGAGCAAUCUUUUUACCGCUUUCUUCCAGCUCGGCGGUGUCCUUGUUGCCUCGUCAAAUCGCAUGCCCGAGGAGCUGGAGAAAGCCAGCGGAUUCGACUAUGCCCCAGCUCCUAAUAUGGGAGGGCUGAUUGGCCAGAUGCUCGGCAUAAGCAAGAAGAAAGGCAAGGGGGAGCUUUUCGGACCUUCGAGUGACUUUGCCAAUUUUCUCGAAGUCUUGAAGGCGAGAUGCGAAUUUUGGCAGAUGGAAGGUGGCAAAGACUGGCGACGUCGGGAAGCUGAUGGGCCAAGGAAAUCUGGAUCGAAAAAGACUGGGACAUCUUUGGCCCUGGACGCUACGGCAGAAGCGCUGCAUGGCCCCCCUGAAGCUGGAGAUGCGUUGGCUGUGGACAGCGACGUCCAAACUCCGAGGAACUACUUCCUGACUGGUGUAACCGAGGACAGGUCCUGGAUCACGAAAGUUGAAUCUCUGGCCACCUUCACAGAAAGAAGUGUACCAUGGACAUCAUCAACCUUGACCGUAUACGGGCGUACUUUUAUUGUCCUGAAACAACAUAACGGCGUAGUUUGCUGGGAUUUUGGUGAUUUAGUCUCAUCCUACGGCCCAGCGGACUACAUAACUAUGGCGUCCACUUUCCACACCUUCAUCAUCGACAAGAUCCCCGUCCUGACCGUUCUUAAGAAGAAUGAAGCCCGGCGUCUGAUCACACUGCUCGAUGCGCUGUAUGAAGCACGCUGUAAGCUCAUCGUCCGGGCCGAAGUAGGACCCGACGACCUCUUCUUCCCCGAGACCAAGGUUGUUGUGAACCCAGCGCAUGGCCAAAUUACCGGUCAACAAGGGCAGGAUAGGGUCGAUUCGGAUGCCAUCCUGCCCGAGACAAUCGCCGAGGUAUAUCAGGACCAAACGUCACCGUUCCGGCCGAACAUCUCGACUUAUACCGGCCCCGCCAACGCUGCGUACGACCCGGAUCAGGACUCGGACUUUGGCCUGAAGCAGAAUUCGCGGCUGGACUUUAGUAAUGCCAGUGUAUUCACCGGCGAGGAUGAGAGAUUUGCGUACAAGCGCGCCACCAGCAGACUGUGGGAACUUUGCGGUGCACAAUGGCACGCUAGGACGGGUGAUUGGUGGCAACCACUUCUGCCUGACGCUCGACAUUGGGAGCGCGGUCCAAGUUCCCAGCCAGUUCCGAACAGACUAGGAGAGGGAGUGAAAAGUGACGCGUUUAUGGGGCCGUCGGUGGAGCUGGAUGAACUUGCUGGCUUGCAGCGGCUCAGGGUAGAACAGCUGCGCAAGUCCGUCCUCGGUGAGAUGCAGCACCAGGGUAAGAGCGAGGCCAUGAGCGAGGGUGCCAUGGGGGGAAAUAGAUAGAGCAUUGGCGAGUCGAAAUGCAUGUUCCAGAAUAUUAGACCAUAACAUACAGAGGCCUUACAAACCAUGACCAUGCCAUGAUUACCAACCAUCUUGAGAGAACGCCAGACUCAAAAUCCAUAACCAUAAAACGCCGUGCCAUGUAUAUCAUGCUUUAUUUCCUUUGCAGCCCAUGUUGUCCGUGAUUGCCAUCCCCAUGAAUUAGCCUAGAGUAGCACUCCCUGGCACCCAAAGCUCACCAAUCCUCCUCAUCUCCUGCGCAAACUUCCGGCUCGUAAUCCUCUUUCCACCUCGCCCCUCAUGCUCAUCCGGGUCAUAAAAUGGGUUCUGUAACAACCUCACAUACGCCGUCUGCAUAGCCCUAAAUACGACCUUGAGCUCUCCCUCCCUCAACCCCACACCGGUACCCCCCGUCCC